AGGCCCUGCAGAGGCGGGCAACUCAGAAGCAGCACACCCAUCCAGUUCAUCCUUAGCCUUUGGUCUCCAUCCACACUUGCAGAUAAGCUGGUUCCUCUUGCAGAGAAGGGAGGUGGAUAGUUGCCCAUGGCCGGGUUGCAAAGGUCGGCGACGACCUUCAGAAGGUCGGGCUCCUCUGGCCUGGUCUGGGACGAGCGUUUCCUCACCGAGGCUGACGCGGAGGCAAAGGCUGCCGAUGGCACCGUGGAGGAGCCCCAGCCGGAGCUCCGGCACUCCCGGAGCGUCGGGAGCAUCGGCAUGCUGCGCCGCGGCGGUGCCAGCGACGGUGACAACAAGAAGGCGAAGGAGAAGAAGCAGAAGCAGAAGCAGGGGCACAAGGAGGAAUCGCGCAGCAACCAGCAGGUGUUCCGGACCAAGGACGUGGCCCCGGACGUCGACCCGCCGUCGCCGCGGGUGUCCGGCUGCAUCCUCUGCACCAUCUUCGGCGGCUCUGGCUCCGGUGCCGGCACGGCGCGCCGCCGGUCCAGCAAGCCGAGGAAGAAGUGACGGCGCCUCAACACGUACGUAACGCUGCUGGUGCAGCUGCUAGUUUUUUCCCCCCACUGUAAAGUUUGAGCCAUGGAUGUGAGCGCACAUGUGUAUACUAGAGUCACAGUCAUAUGAGCUUUGCUACUCGAUACACACCGUUUCAGUCAGUAAGGUUAGCAGUUUCUAUCUCUCUCUCUCUUUUUGGUCGGUUUCUUGAUCCAGAUCCAUGCUUUGAGGAAUCGCCACGGUCAGAUCUUACGACUGGUACACGCAGCAGCUGGUGAGAUCCGGGAUUGUUGUUCUUGGCUUGGUGGAACCCUUUCUUUUU